ACCCCCAGCCUCCGGCCUCUCCAAACACUGGAUCCAGCAGUGGACACACCAGUCGGCCAGCUCCAAGCUCUCAUGGACCCUGAAGGCCUGGCGCAUCUGCUGCCUCCUGCCACUCUGGCCGCCCUGGCAGACAGCUGGCUCCGAGAGGACUGCCCAGGCCUCAACUACGUGGCCUUGGUCUCGGGGACAGCCCCCUCGCAGGCGGUGCUGUGGGCCAAGUCCCCGGGGGUGCUGGCAGGGAGGCCCUUCUUUGAUGCCAUCUUUGCCCAAGUCAACUGCCAGGUCUCCUGGCUCCUCCCUGAGGGAUCAAAGCUGGUGCCUGUAGCCAAGGUGGCCGAAGUCCGGGGCCCUGCCCACUGCCUGCUGCUGGGGGAGCGGGUGGCCCUUAACACGCUGGCCCGCUGUAGUGGAGUUGCCAGCAUGGCUGCUGCCGCGGUAGAGACCGCCAGGGGGACCGGCUGGGCCGGGCAUGUGGCAGGCACACGGAAGACUACACCAGGCUUCCGGCUGGUGGAGAAAUACGGGCUCCUAGUGGGCGGGGCUGCCGCCCACCGCUACGACCUUGGCGGGCUGGUGAUGGUGAAGGACAACCAUGUCAUGGCAGCCGGUGGUGUGAAAAAGGCGGUGCGGGCAGCGCGGCGGGCAGCCGACUUCGCCCUGAAGGUGGAGGUGGAAUGCAGCAACCUGCAGGAGGCUGUGGAGGCGGCCGAGGCAGGAGCGGACCUCGUCCUGCUGGACAACUUCAGGCCUGAGGAGCUGCACCCCACGGCCGCCGCGCUGAAGGCCCAGUUCCCCAGUGUGAGUGUGGAGGCCAGCGGGGGCGUCACGCUGGACAACCUCCCGCAGUUCUGUGGGCCCCACAUCGAUGUCAUCUCUUUGGGGAUGCUGACACAGGCGGCCCCGGCCCUCGAUUUCUCCCUCAAGCUGUUUGCUGAAGGGGCCACUCCAGUGCCCCACACCCACCGGUCCUAAAGCCAAGGAGGCUACCCAGGCAGUGGGAUAAGGUGCUCUCAUGGGACCCUCAAGGUUUCUUUAAGUCCAGCGGCCAGUGGGACACUUUGACAUUAGACUGUGCUGAGGCCGGCUCUGCCACGCACUGCCUGGGGGACUGUGAAGGACUGACUUCACCUCUGCUCACUUCAGUUUCCUAAUCUGUAAAAUGGAUCUAAUCAAACUUAUGGACUUCUUGGGAGUGAUAAUUAGCACAGAGUAAAUGCUCAGUAAAUGUUAGAAAUUGCCAUCA